GGACAUCAAGUGCAGCAACAUCCUGGUGGAUAAGAGCGGCACCAUCAAGCUCGCUGACUUUGGCCUCGCCAAGCAUUACUCAGCAUCGCUGGACAUGACCGGCUGCCGUGGCACGGUCUGGUGGAUGGCACCCGAGGUUAUCAACGCAUCGGGAGGCUACGACUGGGCGGUGGACAUAUGGUCGCUGGGCUGCACGGUGAUCGAGAUGGUCACGCUCUGGCCGCCCUGGUUCCACCCCGCCUCUGGCUGCCCCAUCUGGGGCCGCGGCUUCGGCCCUGAAACGGCCUUCAUGAAGAUAGCAGGAACGCAGGUGCCUCCGCCCAUCCCACCGGGCCUAUCAGAGGAUCUCGCAGACUUCAUCGCCAGCUGUCUGCACCUCGAUCCGCGCCGCCGCCCCGCUGCCACCGCCCUGCUGCGCCACCCCUUCGUGCUCGCGCACUCGCCUUAUUCCUCUCCUGCAUCGGCGCGCAACCCUCAGGUGUACCCGCCGCUUCCCACCACCAUCUCCACCACCUCCCACCGCUCUUCAUCCCACUCCUCUCGCCUCUCCUCGCCCUCCCAAGGCCCCCUUGAGUCCACUCGCAAGCCGCGCUCCUCCUCCCGCUCCUCCUCCUCCCUCAUCUCCUCCCCCUCCCAGGCGCCUGCUCCCUUCCUCUUCCCCCCCUCCUCCUCCAUAAGCCCACGGCUGCAGUCGUCGCGGUGGGCAGAUGUGUCUGGUGCAUCGGGCGAUGCACCCAGUGCUGCUGCUCUGCUUCACCCCUCUGUGACCCCCCUUCCACUCCAAGCCAUCCCCGCUGCAGCUGCUGCCAGCCGUGUAACGCCAGAGGAGCGGGAGAGAGAGCGGUGGUGGGCGAAGCACGGAAAGGCUAUGCUACGAGAGGAGAGAGAGAGGGGGUGUGAGGAGGAGGAGGAGGAGGGGGGAAGUGUGCAAGGAGGGCAGGGAGAGGGGGCGCAGCGAGGUGUGAUAGAGGUGGAGCAGAGGGGGCAGGGAGGGGGAGCGCAGCGAAGGCUGUUGGAGGCAGCAGCAAGGGCAGCAGCAAAGGCAGCUAGAGAGUGGAGGGAGGGAGGAAGUGACGUGGCACUGGAUGCUGACCUGGCAGUGGAUGCUGACCUGGCAGUGGCGCCUUCUGACGGUGAUGGGGAUGGUGGACAUGAGGGGAGAGGUGCAAGUGAGCUGAGUGGGAGAUCGAAGUGGGAGGAGAGGGAGAAGAGGAGCGAGAGAGGAAGUGUGACGGGAAGAGGGAGUGAGCGUGAGAGCAGGGAGGAGAGUGGGAGGGAGAGUGGGCGGGAGAGUGGGAGGGAGAGUGGGAGGGAGAGUGGGAGGGAGAGUGGGAGGGAGAGUGGGCGGGAGAGCCGCAGCGGCAGGGUGAGUAGCAGAGCGAGCAGUCGGGGCAUCGCCCGUGAGCCAGCUCAGAGUGGACGGGCAGAUGCAGGCUCAGAUGUAGACGCGCCAAGGAAGAACGCUGCUGCUGCGGCAGCCCCUUGGAUUGGAAGGGCGAGUUCAGCCUCCGAUGUGGAAAGGGAUCAUGAUAAUCUCGCUGCUGCUGCUGCUCGGGUUGGAAGGGCGGAUCCAGCCUCAGAUGGGGACAUUACAAGGCAGAGGCAGGGUGGCGGUGAGAAGAAGGGGCGGGAGAGAGUGCGGGAGCCAGUAUCCCUGUGGCACAAGUUCCAGGAGUUGAAGGUGGGGGGAGGGGUUCCCAGUGGGGAAGCACGAGCGGAUGCAGAGAGGCGAGGAGAAGCAGCGAGAGAGGGAGGUGUGGAGAGACAGCAGGUGGAAUCGGGGAGAGAGGUGGCAGCAGCGUCACAGCCCAGCAGUGCGCUUCUCUCAAGGCCGGGCAGUGCAUCGGAGCAGACUUGUUUUGACGCACCUCACAAGCUGGCAGCGACGUCACAACGGACCAGUGCCCUUUUCUCAGUGCUGGACAAUGGUUUGGAGCAGCAAGGCCGAGCAGGGGGGGAUACAGAUGCAACAGUGUCAGGGCGGAAUGGCAUAUCGGGGGUGGAGCAGGAAGGGGGGCCAGCUGUGCCAGCAGCGGAAGGUGGGGCAAUGGAAGAGUUAGAGGAUCUGCUGGGUCCUCCGAGCAUUGUGGUGCCGCAGAGAAAGAUUCUCAAACACUUCGUGCCGCUGCCCACUGCUGCUUCUGCUGCUUCUGCUUCUGCUGCUGCUGCUGCUGCUGCUGCCGCUGCUGCCCCUCUGCAAGCACCACCACCUGCUUUUACCGCUCCUGUUACUACUGCCACCGCGCAGCACUCCUCCUCUGCCUCCUCUGAGGCGCUCUCCUCGCAACAUUCCCUCUCCCAAUCCUUCCACUUCUUCCACAUCCCUCCACUCCACUCCCCCCCUUCACAUCCUCUUCUGUCCCCCCCCUCUUCCCCCCUGCACCGUUCCCCCCCUCACUGCUGCUACCUUCUCAUCCGCCCUUCCCUUCAGUAUCCCCCUCUCCCCCGCCCGUCCCCACCACCGCUCUCCUGCCACCCACUCCCGUUCAAUCGCCCCCCACUCUCCUGCAAUCCACUCUCCUGCAAUCUGCUUCCCCUCAAGGCGUAA